AGCGGGAUCCGCGGCGGCUCCGUCCAGGUGCUUCCGGCUCCCACCGGACGGAGGCGCGCUCGGCCCCGGGCUCGUUCUCCCACGGAAGUGUGUUUAGGCGCACCGGAAGCCACCUCAGGGGGUGAGCCAUGGCGGGUUUGCCUGUUAGAGACCCUGCGGUGGAUCGUUCUCUGCGUUCUGUAUUCGUGGGAAACAUUCCUUAUGAAGCUACUGAAGAACAGCUGAAGGACAUCUUCUCUGAGGUUGGGCCUGUUGUUAGUUUCAGAUUGGUGUAUGAUAGGGAGACAGGAAAACCAAAGGGUUAUGGCUUCUGUGAAUACCAAGACCAAGAGACGGCCCUUAGUGCCAUGCGGAACCUGAAUGGUCGCGAAUUCAGUGGGCGAGCACUUCGAGUGGAUAAUGCUGCCAGUGAAAAGAACAAAGAGGAACUCAAAAGCCUUGGCACUGGUGCACCUGUCAUUGAGUCGCCUUAUGGAGAGACCAUCAACCCCGAGGAUGCCCCUGAAUCUAUUAGCAAAGCAGUUGCUAGUCUUCCACCAGAACAGAUGUUUGAGCUGAUGAAACAGAUGAAGCUCUGUGUCCAGAAUAGUCCCCAGGAAGCACGAAACAUGUUGCUUCAGAAUCCUCAGCUGGCGUAUGCUUUGCUACAAGCACAGGUAGUGAUGAGAAUUGUGGAUCCUGAGAUUGCCCUGAAAAUUCUGCAUCGCCAGACAAAUAUCCCAACGCUGAUUUCAGGCAACCCUCAGCCAGUCCAUGUUGCUGGGCCUGGCUCAGGACCCAAUGUUUCAAUGAACCAGCAGAAUCCUCAGGCCCCUCAGGCUCAAUCUUUGGGCGGAAUGCAUGUCAAUGGUGCAACUCUGAUGCAAGCUUCUAUGCCAGGUGGAGUACCUGCCCCAGUGCAAAUGGCUGCAGCUGUAGCAGGACCUGGCCCUGGUUCUUUAGCCCCUGCAGGAGUCAUGCAAGCCCAAGUGGGAAUGCAAGGAGGUGGACCAGUGCCCAUGGAAAGAGGACAAGGAACCCUACAGCACUCGCCCGUGGGACCCACCGGGCCUGCAUCAAUUGAGCGAGUUCAAGGGCAGAGAACAUGGAUGAUAUGGGCAUCUGUCCAAAGAUCUACUCUCUCCCUACUGGUGUCAGGAGGCUUGGCUGGAAUAGUAAUCUGUAAGGAGACUGCAGUGCCAAUGCAAGACCCCAGAGCAGCUAUGCAGCGGGGAGCCUUGCCUGCCAAUGUCCCAACUCCUCGUGGUCUGUUAGGAGAUGCCCCCAAUGACCCACGGGGAGGCACUUUAAUGUCUGUAACUGGAGAGGUAGAGCCUAGAGCUUACUUGGGACCCCCACCACCACCUCAUCAGGGCCCACCCAUGCACCAUGUUCCUGGCCAUGAAGGUCGUGGACCACCCCCACAUGACAUGAGGGGAGGUCCAUUAGCUGAGCCCAGACCUUUAAUGGCAGAGCCAAGAGGACCCAUGAUAGAUCAGAGGGGUCCACCCAUGGAUGCUAGAGGUGGAAGAGAUCCCCGAGGAUUAGAUGCACGAGGGUUGGAGGCCAGAGGACUGGAUGCCAGGGGACUGGAGGCCCGUGCCAUGGAGGCCCGUGCCAUGGAGGCCCGUGCCAUGGAAGCCCGUGCCAUGGAAGCCCGUGCCAUGGAGGCCAGAGGCAUGGAUACCAGAGGCCCGGUACCUGGACCUAGAGGACCUAUACCUAGUGGAAUCCAAGGUCCCAAUCCAAUGAACAUGGGGGCUGUCGUUCCCCAGGGAUCAAGACAGGUCCCAGUCAUGCAAGGAGCAGGCAUUCAAGCAGCAGGCAUGCAAGCUGGAAACCAACCUGGUGGCUUUAGUCCUGGACAGAGCCAAGUCACACCCCAGGAUCAUGAGAAGGCUGCUUUGAUUAUGCAGGUCCUUCAACUCACUGCAGACCAGAUUGCCAUGCUGCCUCCUGAGCAGAGGCAGAGUAUCCUAAUCUUAAAGGAACAGAUACAGAAAUCCACUGGGGCACCUUAAAAGGUUCUGAAAAAUACCUGGCAACAAAUCUGGAAAUAGUAAUUCCUUAACAUUGCUGAAAUGUUGAAAACAUGGUGACUUCUGCAUCCUAACCCCUGAUGAUUCAGUUGGUGCCAGGUGGAGGACUCGCAUGACCAUUUCUCCAAACGAAAGCAGUUCGUUUUGUUGUCUUAGUUUGUAUAUUUUCUGUGAUGUCAAAUAAACUCUGAACACAAUCUUAGCAUACCGAAAAUUGAUAUAUAUAUAUAUACACAGAGAGAGAGAGAGAGAGAGAGAGAGAGAGAGAGAGAGAGAGAGAGAGAGAGAGAGAGACCCUUUUGCUUUAAAGAAGCUAAACGCAAAGGUAAAAGCUUAGAUAUGUUUUCUACUCUUACUGCAGCAUUGUCCUUUCAUCUUAUAUUGCCAUAGCUCUAUUCUCACGUUAGCAUAAACAUUUAUUCUUCUUAGUGAUACUUGAGUAUUUCUUGGAAUCAAUGUCUUCAGGAAUUUUGUUGUGUUUGCUUUUAGCGAGGUAAUAAGACUUUGCCCUUUGCCGGGUGGUGGUGAUGCACGCCUUUAAUCCCAGCACUCGGGAGGCAGAGGCAGGAGGAUCUCUGUGAGUUCGAGACCAGCCUGGUCUACAAGAACUAGUUCCAGAACAGGCUCCAAAGCUACAGAGAAACCCUGUCUCAAAAAACCAAAUAAAAAAAAAAAAGACUUUGCCCUUUGAAAACUUUCUAGGGUCUCUGAGUUUUCUGGGAGAAAAAAAGCAAGUGUUUAAAGCUAUAAAAUAGCCAGAAGGCCAUCAAGCAAAGAGCAUACCACAGUAAUGUGUUUGGUUUAAGAAAAUUCAGUUAUCCAAAUGUGUUGUUUGGUCAGUAGCGAGUCUGAACAUACGCCGUUCUGAGUUAAGAUAAAGAUUGUUUUGGCACUGGUUUGAGUGUGUGUCAACAACCAGAGAGACUGUUGUAGAGCUCUUCUGUCUAGGUAGCCAACUUUACAAGUUUACAAAGCCACUGGUUUUCCACAUGUUCAAAUUUAAUAGGAAAAUCAAGUAAGAAAAUAUAUUUUAUCCCAGGUUUUAGAAAAUUGCAAAGCUUUCAGCCCUAUCCGCUAACUAAACUCAUUCCAAGAACUUAAAACAGAAAACUCUAAAACUUUUACAUUUUCAAGUCUUUUAAGAGGACCAAGUAUAGAACACAGGAAGGCCCUGUUAUGGUUGCCUGUUUUUUUCCUAAGUACUACCUACUUGGAAGGUUAUUAGUGCCAUUAGCCUGUGCUAACCAACAGAACACCAUGUCUUCUGUUCUCCCAUAGUGCCAUUAAGGAGGAGCACGGUUUCUUUCCACCAGGUUAACCUCAAGACAUUUGAAGAGUUGCCUUAAUAAUUAGUAAAGUUUACUAGAACUAAUUGUGAGCUUAUUUAUAUUCUCAGAACCCUACUCUCUGUGUUAGGAUUAUGGGCAGGUGAAUUAAAAUCAUUACUAGGCACAUAAAGCACAUUGCUUACAUGCCAAACAAAAGAAUGCAAAGAUAUUAAAAUUGAGGGAUUUUCUCCAUAUAUUUACAAUGAAAAUUUGCAGUAUAUGUCAUCAAGAAAAGUGCAAAACAGCAAGCACUCCCUGCCUAUUCCACUUAUACCACAGGUUCAACUUGGAUAUUAAUUAUGCAUGUAGCUCCUUGUUUUCACAUCACCUUCUGUGCCUCCUACAUAAAUAAUAAGUCAAUAAUGUGAUGAUUUUAGCAGCUGUUAUGACUUAAAAGCACCAAUAUAUUUAGACACAGAGACCAUGAGAAAAGUAUUUCUAGUUAGGAACUUGGGUUUUACACAAGCAAUUUCCAAUCAAGAUUACUGAGGCUGAAGUUAUUUGGUAAGCAAUUGUCUAGUAGAAAUCAUAUCCUGGAAAUCCUAGUGUGCAUUUUCCCAAGGCCUCAUUAAACUUAAUGUGGUUAGCAAACAUUUAGGUGAAUAAAUUGACAUGAGCAGUGGCAUCCCAAUUCAUCCCUAUGGAUGUGCUUUUUCUGCUAUAAUUAGUACACUUAGCUACCCCAAGUUUGUGACCUGUCUCUUAUGUUCAGAUUAGUGACUGAAAAAUGAUCCUGCUAAUCUUUCAAGCUAUAGCUUCCUAAGUAGUAGGAAAUGUAAAUUUGUUCACUCUUGGUAGAAAAUAAGUGGUCUAGAUUCAGUGUGCUAAAUCUGUGAAUUCAACAGUCUGAGUACAAUGAAGUGUGGGGUUUUUCGCCUCUGAGGAGGCUGGGGCUUCCUUCUGUUUCUUGUAAUUCACCAUGACCAACAUCCCAGAGCCAGUGUAGUUAUUGUCCUGGUUGAUAGGAAAAAUAGACAUUUAGUGAAUGAUUCCUCAGUAAAUAAGACCUGGAAAAUAGUCAAAAUUAUAAAAAUCUUUAUUUUUCUAUACGAGACAUUCAAAAACUCCUUUAACAAAAGUAGUAGAAAGCUGCUGUUGAAUUAAGUUAUUCCAUGAUGUAGGCCAGGCCUUCCCAGUUAAUUCAAACAAUACAAAAUGGCAGUAUAGGUUUCUAAUUCUAAUUCAAAUUUGAUUGGUUAAUAUACUUCAGAUGGAAAUUCUAGGGAAAGUAAGCAAAAUUGUUCAAUAAGCAAAGAUGAAACUUUCAGUUUUUCUUGACAAAACAAAGUAAACUGUUGGUCACACUGGAUAAGAUUGUGUUUAACAAUGUACCUAGUAAGUAUGAUAUGGGAGUGGGAAUCUUGGUAAUUUUAUGUUGUUUAUUUAUGAUUAUUGUUUUGUCUUGGAUUCAAUAAAUAUUUUAAAAGUCA